AUGCCGAAGAACAAGGGAAAGGGAGGUAAGAAUCGGAAGAGGGGGAAGAACGAGGCGGACGACGACAAGCGGGAGCUCGUGUUCAAGGAGGACGGGCAGGAGUACGCGCAGGUCCUCCGGAUGCUCGGCAAUGGGAGGUGCGAGGCCAUGUGCAUCGACGGCACCAAGCGGCUCUGCCAUAUCCGGGGGAAGAUGCACAAGAAGGUAUGGAUCGCCGCGGGGGACAUAGUCCUCGUCGGCCUCCGCGACUACCAGGACGACAAGGCGGACGUCAUCCUUAAGUACAUGCCGGACGAGGCGCGGCUCUUGAAGGCUUACGGUGAACUCCCGGAGAACACAAGGCUCAACGAAGGCAUCGCCGGAGGGCUUGACGAAGAGGACGAGGGCGCUGGUGACGACUACAUCGAGUUUGAGGACGAGGACAUCGACAAGAUCUGA